AUGCAAGAUAAUGAAUUCUUCCGGGGAAACAAUGAAUAUCGCCAUAUUUCCCAACCACAACCCCGGCAGCGCUUUGCGUUCCUUAAAAGACUCAGGCUCGCUGUCGCGAAUACCGCUCGUCCAAGUGCUCCACCUGCGCAGCCCACUACCCUAUCCUCCACCAGCGCUCCAAUCACCUUCAAUACCCGCCUACAACGCCUACUACCCAGGCGGCACGCUCUCCAUACAGCACCGCCUAUCGUCGAUGUUGCUUACGCGAAGGGUAAAGAGCGCAACGCUGCAGCGGAUGAUCCUGGCCCUGACAAGGACGUGGUACCUUAUGAAUAUCUCGAUGAGGAGCCUGAAUCACAACAGCAGGCUACUUCUGUAGCAGUCCAGGCUAACUCGGGAGAACAUGGGAGUGGCCGGUCGUGUUUCUGCUUCUAG